AUGUUACAUCGUCUUUAUAUUUUCAUUCACCAGGUUCUACGUGAAGAUUGUGAAAAUGUAUCAAGGGAUUCGGCAGUUACUAUUGUGGAUGAGGCGGAUGAUUAUAUGAGAUACAAAAGACUGGAAAAGCAGCUUGAACAUUUAGAUGUGAUGGAAGAAUAUGUAAAGUUGGAAACGCGGAAUUUGGAAAAAGAGUUACUUCAUGCUCAAGAAGAGGUCAAGCGAAUACAGUCUGUACCUUUAGUUAUUGGACAGUUUUUGGAAGCCGUGGAUCAUGACCAUGCAAUUGUUGGGUCAACAACGGGAUCGAACUAUUUUGUUCGUGUGUUGUCCAUCUUGGAUCGGGAAUUAUUAAAGCCAGGCUGUAGUGUAGCGUUGCAUAAAUAUAGUAAUGCUCUUGUUGAUGUAUUACCGCCGGAAGCAGAUUCCACCAUACAAAUGUUGCGUGCAGAUGAAAAACCUGAUGUGUCUUAUUCUGAUAUUGGAGGUCUUGAUAUGCAGAAACAAGAGGUUCGUGAAGCAGUUGAGCUUCCUCUUACUCAUGGAGAACUCUACCAUCAGAUAGGUAUUGAUCCUCCGCGGGGUGUACUUAUGUAUGGCCCACCAGGAUGUGGAAAGACUAUGCUUGCAAAGGCAGUCGCUGCGCAUACAACAGCUUCUUUCAUUCGUGUUGUUGGGAGUGAAUUUGUUCAAAAGUAUCUCGGAGAAGGACCGCGUAUGGUGCGUGAUGUUUUUCGUUUGGCUAAAGAAAAUAGUCCAUCGAUCAUAUUCAUUGAUGAAAUUGAUGCGAUUGCUACGAAACGAUUUGAUGCACAAACUGGUGCAGAUCGUGAAGUGCAGCGAAUUUUGCUAGAACUACUUAAUCAAAUGGAUGGUUUUGAUCAAAGUACAAAUGUGAAGGUAAUAAUGGCAACGAAUCGUCAUGACACUUUAGAUCCUGCUCUUCUCCGUCCUGGUCGUUUAGAUCGUAAGAUUGAAUUCCCAAUGCCGGAUCGCCGACAAAAACGUCUCAUUUUUUCUACGGUUACUGCAAAGAUGAAUCUUUCAGAGGAAGUAGAUAUGGAGGAUUUUGUGGCUAGACCAGAUAAAGUAUCUGGCGCAGAUAUUAAUGCGAUCUGUCAGGAGGCUGGAAUGUAUGCUGUUCGUGAAAAUCGUUAUGUUGUCUUAUCGAAAGAUUUUGAUAAGGCGUACAAAUCGGUGAUAAAGAAGGAUCAAAAUGAUUUCGAGUUCUACAAAUAA